AUGCGGGCUGCAAGACGUGCGGCCCCAACGACCAGACGUGCCUGGACUGCAAGACUCCUGGCGAGAACGUGCAGCUCGAUAAAAGAAGCUGCGGCCCCACCUGCCCGCAGAACUCCUCCCCAACCAAAACGUCUGCGAGUGCAACCGGGAUUCAACUUGAACGAUAGAAAAGACGCGUGCGAGGCGGUUGCCAACACAAACUGCGCACAAGAGCUGCAGAAUGCGGGCUGCAAGACGUGCGGCCCCAACGACCAGACGUGCCUGGACUGCAAGACUCCUGGCGAGAACGUGCAGCUCGAUAAAAGAAGCUGCGGCCCCACCUGCCCGCAGAACUCCUCCCCCAACCAAAACGUCUGCGAGUGCAACCCGGGAUUCAACCUGAACGAUAGAAAAGACGCGUGCGAGGCGGUUGCCAACACAAACUGCGCACAAGAGCUGCAGAAUGCGGGCUGCAAGACGUGCGGCCCAACGACCAGACGUGCCUGGACUGCAAGAUCCUGGCGAGAACGUGCAGCUCGAUAA